AUUUUUUAUCCCCAAAAUGUUCAUUGGACGGCGUGAAAGUACAACUGAAAGUGAGAGUAGUGAUGAAAACGUUGUGAGUUUUAGAAGAAAAGUUAGAAAUAGAAUUUCGUCGUGUUCAGGCUCGGAUACUGAUGAAUCAUAUGCAAGUGAAGAUAUUGAAGAAUUACUAGAAGAACUGGUUUUAGACGAAGAAGAGAAAUUGAACACAGCUAAUGAUUCAUUGGACAAUAUCCAAUGGAUAUACAAUUUUUCAUUGCCGCGCAGCACAAUGUCCCGCAAUCGUUUUGAAUUACUGCUAUCAAACUUGCAUUUUGCUAAUAAUGAAACAAUAGUACAAAAUAACAAACUUGGAAAAGUUUUACCACUUGUAGACAUAUUGAUGGUUAAUUAUCAGAAGGUUUUUUCACCAGGCAAAGAAAUUGUUGUCGACGAGACAAUGGUUCCGUGGAGGGGACGACUUGGUGUGCUUGGACUGUUUCAACGAAUAUCAUGCGACAUAGUAUAAUGUAAUAUGUUAUCCUAUAUAAAUUAAUAAAAAGUAGAGUGUAAUUUGUGUAUUUUUUAUAUUUUUAUGUUGUAUAUUCUAUAUUUAUACUUCAGAACU